CUUCAUCCGAAUCAAUAGAUGAAUAUUCUUCGUUUUUCCAUAUUUAUGUGGCCUUAUUUACUUAUUUACGAAUCAAAAUUUUGAUUCGAUUUUGAAAUGUAAAAUUUCGAAUCGAAAAACUCACGAAUCAAUCACGGGUUGUCCAUGAUCAAAAAGUAAACAUCGACCAUAACAAACAACAAUAAUUCUGAAAGAAAAAUCAACAACAAAAAUGAAAUUAUCCAAUAAUAAUCAAAAUAAUCGUCGACAUCGACAAAAUAUCGAUUAUUAUCGUUUCGAAUGUUGUAAUUAUCAUUCGAUUGCAUUCUAUUUAGCAUUAAUAUUAUUACUGUUAUUAUUAUUAUCAUGUAUAUCAUUAAUUGUAUUGAUAUUUGUUGUACCAUGUCCAGAACCUUAUAAUCAAUAUUCAUUUGAUAAUGAUAAUGAUGAAAUAAUCAUCAUCAAUAAUGUAACGAAUGAAUGGAAUCUACAAUGGAUUCGACAACAUCAUUCAAAAUUAUUCGAAUGGAAAUGUUCGGUUACGGUUGAUGAUAACCAUAACUAUGAUGAUAAUAACGAUAAUGGCACUGAACCGUUGAUGACAUUAUCAUCUACAAAUGUAACAUCACCAUCGACUACUUAAACUAUGGAUUUUUGAAAAUUUCAUUUUUGCCAUUUUGCUGUUUGUUUUCUUGCUUUGUUUGUUUUGUUUUAUUUAAUUUUCAAAUCCUCAUCAUCGAAUGAAUCAAUGUCCAUUUCUUGUCCCCAAAU